CGAACAGUGAGAUAGUCUACAACGAAAGUGUUGAACGAAAAAAUGGCAGUGACGGAAAUUUUGUUGAGCAUUAUUUUGGCGGCUGUUGCCGCAGUCAUUUAUAUAGCGCAUCGUAACUUAACAUAUUGGCAACGGAAAGGCAUACCGCACGAUUCGCCAAAUUGGAUUCAUGGCAAUCUACAAGGUGUUGGAAAGACUAUGACUUUUGCCGAAGCCUUUACUAAAGUAUACAAACGGCACUUGGGGUCGGGUCCCUUUUGCGGUUUUUACUUUCUACAAAAGCCGACGGUCCUUGUACUAACACCGGAGUUGACCAAACAGGUGUUAAUUAAAGACUUUAACAACUUCAGCGAUCGGGGCAUGUAUGUCAACGAGGAAGAUGAUCCCCUCACUGGGCAUUUGUUUUUGUUAGAUAGUCAGAAAUGGCGCGUGAUGCGUAAUAAACUCACACCCACCUUUACCUCUGGUCAAAUGAAGUUCAUGUUUCCUACUGUGGUUUCGGUGGCUGAGCAAUUCGUUGAAACCUUAAAUGGCGACAUCAAGAAGAGUAGCGUAAUUGAGAUCAAGGACCUGUUAGCACGUUUCACCACUGAUGUAAUUGGAUCUUGUGCUUUUGGCAUAGAGUGUAACAGUCUCAAAAACCCUGAUGCUAUUUUCCGUCAAAUGGGUCGUCGUCUCUUUACUGAUCGUCGUCAUUCUACUUUCGGUGAUACCAUGAUAUUGGCCGCUCCGAGUGUGGCACGAAAACUUCAUGUUCGUUUGCUACCGGACGCGAUAAAUGAUUUCUUCUUCAACAUUGUACGUGAAGCAGUUGAUUAUAGAGAGAAGAAUAAUGUGCAGCGUAAUGAUUUUUUGAAUAUUCUGAUGGAAUUAAACAAAGGAAAAUUAAAGUUCGACGGUAAAAACGGGGAAAAAGGGCUUACGUUGGAGGAGAUGGCGGCGCAGGUGUUUGUCUUCUUUAUCGGUGGCUUUGAGACAUCAUCUACGACACUUUCAUUUUUACUCUUUGAGUUGGCCCUAAAUCCAGACAUUCAAAAGCGCCUACGCGAAGAAAUACUAGAGACGGUUGAAAAUCAUGGCGGUAAGGUGACUUAUGAAUGUGUAAAUUCGAUGGCUUAUAUGAAACAGGUCGUAGCAGAAACACUUCGUAAGUAUCCAGUAUUACCACAUUUGCAGCGUAAGGCUAUGGCCGAUUAUGUUGUGCCUGGACAUCCAAACUAUGUGAUAGAAAAAGAUACAACUGUAUUCAUACCAGUAAUGGCAAUGCAUCAUGAUCCCGAGAUUUACCCGGAACCCGAAAAAUUCGACCCGGAACGUUUUGCACCGGACGAAAUGAAAUCACGAGACUCCAUCAACUGGUUGCCCUUCGGCGAUGGUCCACGUAAUUGUAUCGGCUUGCGUUUUGGUCAAAUGCAGAUACGCGUCGCCCUGACAUACUUAUUACGUAACUUUGAAUUCAGCAUCUCCCCGGCGACUGAGAUUCCUUUGGUAUUCAAUCGCAAGCAGUUUGUAACCGGUACCGAAAGCGGCAUCCAUUUGAAAGUACAGUCGAUUUAAGGCGAUGUACUUCUCUUCAUUUUAUAUAGUUAAAGGAAGCCCUAAAAAAAAAC